GUUAAUUUUUUAAAAAACUGUUUAAAAAGCGCUAGCAGCGCCAACUACCUUGUCUAAGAAGUAAACAAAACUCGGUUUCAGAUCUCCCAUUUGAGUGUCACACCUUGCUUUGGCUUCUCUGACUCGCAUCUCUCAACGCUUCCCUGUUGCGAUCUUCAGCAAACUGUAGUUAACAGUGAGUGCUUAUAACAGUUACACGGUUUUAUUGUAUUUCUAGAAAGUAUACACUUUGUUAAAGAUAUUAUUUGAUAUUCGUUUUUUUAUCCAUCAUGUCAAAUAGUAAGAGAAGAAAAUUAGGUGAUGAAAACAGAACAUUUAAUGUAGAAUGGGAGUUAGAUUUUUUCUUUACUGCUGAGAAAGAUAAAAUGAUGUGUUUGUUGUGCAAUACAGUUUUAAAUACUUUAAAAAAAGCGAAUGCAAAUAAACACUAUUUGACUCAUAAAGAACAUAAAUAUUUCGCUUUAGAAGGUGAAUCACGAAAAGCUGCACUUCAAAAGUUGAAAAAUGAGAAGCAUCAUCAGCAGGCAUCUUUUAGUGCCUUUGUAAAUCAAAAUUCCGCUGCAGUUGCUGUUACGUAUAAAAUAGCACAUAUACUUGGAAAAAGGGGCAAACCAUUUAGUGACAUUGAAAUAAUUAAAGAAUGUAUUGUUGAAGCAGUGAGUAUGUUAGAUCCAAGAAAUGUCGACAAAUACAAACAAUUACCUCUUUCAAGAAGAACUGUAACAGAUCGACAGCACGAAUUAGCGCAAAAUGUAACAGAGCAACUUCAUACAAUUAUACAAAAUGAAGAUGUUUAUUUUUCAAUUGCUUUAGAUGAAAGCACUGAUAAAACAGAUUCGGCACAAGUUUUAUAUUUUAUUCAUGCUAUAACUAAAGAUUUUCAAUGUUACGAAGAACUACUUGCGUUGGGUACACUAACUGGAAGAACUCGAGAAGCCGAUAUUUUCGAAAACUUCAAAGAAAUAUGUAAUAAAUUACAAUUGAAUGUCAGUAAUUUAGUCAGUGUCUGCACCGAUGGCGCACCUUCCAUGAGAGGCAAAAAAGAAGGAUUCGUUGCUUUGUUAAAAAAGGAAAACUUAAACUUGAAAAAAUUGAUAUCAUUUCACUGCAUUUUGCAUCAGCAAAAUCUUUGCGCAAAAUCUACCAUUUUGCAAGACACUCUGGAUAUAACCAUUGCCAUUGUCAACUAUAUUCGCGUAAAUGCAAUGCGUCAUCGUAAAUUUCGGCAGAUGCUUUCUUUAGAUGAGAAAACAUAUAGUGUUGACCUACCAUACUACUGCAAGGUUCGCUGGCUAUCAACAGGUCAGGUUUUGAUAAAAGUUUUGUCUUUACGACGACAAAUUUUAAACUUUUAUCAAGAACAAGGAAAACAAUGUGAUCUAUCAGAUGAAGUAUUUCUCAGAAACCUUGCAUUUUUGUCUGAUAUGAUGACAAAACAAAACAAUUUAAAUAUUUGCCUGCAAGGUGAAACGAGGAAAAUUUCCGGAUCUAGGUGCAAACCACGCCUUCGGCAAAAGUGGAUGCACGAAGUCUUCUUGGUGUUAAAUCUAAAACCAUUGGUCUUGGAUCAAUCGUGUAUAUGA